UAGGAGAUUCACACUCUCGGAAAGGCGGUGGCACAUUUUUAGUUCCCAUGAAUGGAGGUAUUUGGACCAUGUGCGUGUCUUUAGAAGAGGAAGAAGUGUCAAUAUUGGCGAGAGCCGGAUUUCCGACAGAGCCGCUGUGCACAAACUACUUGGCAGAUGACGAAGAUGAACAGAGAGGAGAUUGGCAACAUCGUAUGCAGAACCUGUCCAUAUCGUGUGCGCUGGUGUGUCUCAUCGUGUUAGGCAGCGCAGCGCUGGUCGGCGCUUUUGGCGUCUGCAAACAUCAAAUCAGCGCUGUGCUUGUUACUGGUGUCAUGUAUCUUUUAGCUGGGUUAUUCGCAAUGUUCACAUUAAUGAUAAUACAUUUCAAGCGAGUCCAACGAGUGUCUACCCGAGGCAGUUCUCACGGCGAUGACACCGCAGACGGCGUCAUAGGUCCGCGUUACCCCGCAUUCCCCUUACUAUCCGCGAGAGAGUUUACGACAUCGUGGUCGCUAGAGCUGGGGUGGGGAGGCGUGGCUUUAGCGACCACUACGUCACUUCUGUGGAUAUUGUUAUCGAAGAUCAUGAGAUACAAUCCUAUAUCAUCUAUGUUGUUGUGAAUUCGCAUGAUUAUUAUGCGUUUACACGGACGCGAGGGUAAAACUAAAAAAAAAAAGAUUUUAGAAUGUUUAAUGCAAUAAAUUAAAUUUAUACAUAAUAUUACCUAAACAAUAUACGCGUAAAUCGUAAUGAGCCUAGUCCGUGUAAAUGCUGGAUAAAGUCAAUUACGUUAAUCCCAAUAUUUUAAGUAGGAAAUUUCUACCCAGGCGCUUUUAUAUUGCGUCAUAAUUAAACAUUAAAUUUAAGUAUAAUUGACAUAAACCGUCAUUAAGAAAGCUUGAAAAAACA